AUGCCUUCAGACAUGCUGAUUCGCACGAAGAUGGAGGAAGAAGACUGCUUACUUCCUACCUGUCCGACAUUCAUGAUCUCUGGAGUUACAACAUUUGCAUCCCACCACGAAUCCUGCAGCAUUUGUUGCCAUGAACUUACCAGCGCUAUCCGUAUCAUUCGAUGCGGACACUACUUUGACAGGGAAUGUCUGGCGAGUUGGUUUGCAAGCAGAACAAGACCAAACACCUGCCCAAUGUGUCGUGAGGAGCUCUUCCAGAAAUACGAUGAACUGGGAGCGGUGCUUGAGAUCUUCGACGGCAUUGACUUCGAGUUUGACACCUUCGACAUCCCCGGAGCCAUGCAAGCACAAAUUCCACAGAUUGCUCGAACAAAUGGCAACCUCCUCCUCUCGGUUCUCUCAAUUCCCAAUGAAGCUAUGACGCGGAUAGACUGUCGUAUGGCAUCUUCCGCUUUGGCGCUUGCUGGCAACACUGCGAUUACCGUCGCGAAGGUCCAAGGAUUUCCUUUGAAUGAGAUUGAAAUGAUGGAUUAUCGAUACAUUGUAAAGGCGGUGUACACUUUCCUGGAGAGUAUGGAUGGCGAGGAGAUGCAAGUCAAUACCAUGCCGAUGGAGAUUCUCUUGGGCGCAUCAAGAGUGAUGGACAAUGAAGGCUGGGAGGUCGAUAUUGACUCGAUAUGGCCAAAUGAUAUUGUGGAUUUGGAGGAUGAUCCGGCGCGGAGAGCAGUGCAGCUUGCUUUCUUUGUGACGUGGAUUUUGUGGCAUAACAUUGAUGCUGUUGAAGAAGCAUAUGAGGGAGGGGUGGAGGACUAG